UUUUAAAAAUACAUUGGAACGCGCGUGUGGCGUGCGCUGAGUGGUGGCUGCAAAAAUAACAACAACGAAAAAACAAUCACAAUAAAAGGCAAAAAGUAUCUACGGUGAAACGAGGAGAAAAGUAAAUUCGAUGUGUCUUUUAAAUAAAUAUACUGCAGCUGCAUAAAUAUAAAUGACGUGACAAGUUAGACCGCGUUCGCCUGCGCGCCCUCAUUUCGGCUACGCUGUGUGGCUCCUCUUUCGCAACGCGUGCAUUGCGCUGCGCGCUGCGUUCAAACUAAAUAUACCUACGUUUUUUUUUGUUGUAUUUGGUGCAUUUUUUGCCGGCAUGCACUAGGCCGCUGUGCGCCAAUAAGCGAAUGAGUUUUUAAUUUGUUAAGUUCUACCGGCAGCAUAGCUAAGGGAUCGACUGGUGCGUUGAGAGACUGAAAGGUACGCGCGGUAAAGAACGCAACGAGAAUUGGGCCCAUACGAAAAAAUAAAAAAUAAAAUAAAAAGUGUGCGCACGUAUUGCAAGUGUUGCAUUUUGGUGUGCUUUCGUGUGUGCGCGUUUGAGUGCAAAUCUGUUCGCGCGCUGGAUUGGUGCAAGUGCAAUGCACUGACUGAGUGUCUGCAGGAAAGCGCGCUGGCUCUGGCGGUGGCAGCAACAUUUGUAGCUUGCAAUUCGAAAAGCAUUUAUUUCUAUUAUUUGAGACCCUUAAGUGCCUUUCGAUUGAUUGCGGUUAGUUGCGGCAGAAUGCAAAAAUAAAGAAAUUGAAAAUCACACACAAAAAGUAAUCAUUAGCAAGCGCGCGUUGCAAACGAGUUCGAGUAGUGUGCAGAACUAUUGUCGAGUGGCGACAGCGCCCUGCCGCCAGAUACACGACACUCAUCAAUUGGGGCGCGCACAAGUGAUUGAACGGUAGUGGCCCAGCGCGAACUCGUCGAAGGCAACGCCAAUGCACAGCGAUGCAAUAAAAAAUGUAAUUAAUAAUUGAUUGAAGUGUGACAGCUAACGCGCUUCAUGCAACCAGUUCUAUAUAGCAAAAAAAUUAAGCAGAGAAAUCGCAUAAUCUGAGACAAAAAUCACGAAAUAAAUUUAAAAAAUAUAUAUACAAGUGCAAACGAAAAAUUAAUGUGUGACAAUAAAAGAAGAUUCAGCACAGAAAUUGACAUUUAUUAAGUGCGCUUAUCUCCGCAAUUGGCGCGGUUGUUUUCCAUUAUGCGAAAUCACUCGCAAUUGCCAUCGCGUUCGCACGCCAAUAAAAGUUUCAAAGAGCACUGAAGUGCAAAAAGCCGAUGCGCCGAGUUAAAUUAGCUAACAAUAACUGCCAAGUUAAAAUAGCAAAAAAAUAAUAAAAAUAAAAAAAUCAUACAUAAAGUAUUAUAAUCUUUUUGCAUUAAGCAGACAAGUGCUGAGUAAAUUGCGAAAUAAACGAGUAGACGCAAUAAAUAUAUAAAAAAAAAGAAAUAUAAAAUAGCGCAACGGGUGGUGUGAAAAGGUUUUGCAGAGUUCACGGCUGGCUUUUGUGCCAAAUACGAAAUCAUGUCUUCCUACCGCAGUAGUUAUACACCAUGGAAAACCAACUUGGGCUCAUCGUAUAAACCCAGCGGCUCCAGUGCGUACACCUCGCGUGAUGAUAUUGGCAGCAGUCGUUAUUCUUCUUUGGCUUCGCCGAGCACAUAUCGCCCGUCCUUCUCUGGCGGCACUUACCGCAUCAAGCGCGAUACCCCUUCCAGUCUACAGACACCUUCGUACACAAGUCGUUACACGCCGAGUGCAACGAGUCGCGCAACUCCUGUAGUAGACUCCUCCACCGAUAUCGGCGGCUCAAAGCGCUACACUGCAACCGCCACAGGUAGUCUUAAUAAGUAUGGCUCGUCGCGCGAACCAAGUCCUGCCGCCCUCGAAAUCACAAAUCGUAUACGUAGUCGGGAGCCUAGUCCAGUCUCUCGCGCGCUAAGAGGAAAAUCGCGCGAUCCAAGCCCAGUGGUCGACACUAGUUGUAAAAUUGGCUACGGCGCGCUGAACUCAUACCGCAUGUCAACGCCGAAAUCAUCCAGCACUUCGGGUUACAAUGCACGUUAUGGCAGCGGUACAUCCGCGGCGCGUGCGCCAACUAUGCCGCCGGAUACCUCCAUUUCAUAUCUUACGGCCAGUGACUUUCAUGCGCGUUCUGUUAGUCGCGCAAGGGAGAGCGCUGCUCGCAAAUCCAACGAGAAGGAAAUUGAUGAGGAGGUGUCAGAAGAGCCAAAAAAGUUAGAAGAAAAGAGCGAAGUUGGAAGUAGUUCAGAGGAGGAAGAGAAAGAAACAUUUACCUCGGUGUCGGUGGUCACACGUGCCACGUCUCCCACGCCACCCGGCAGCGCGACAACUGUGCAAAGAACGCGCCGCAUUGAUAUUGCAAAAACAAUUGAAAAGACCAUACAACGGUCAACAUGUAAGCGAAAGACUUUGGAUAAGGAAAUACAAUCUGACCGACUUGAUGACUCGACGCGUUACUCGCGUUUCGGUCUGAGCAGUCGCGUGCCCUCAUACAGUCCGCACUCGGACAGUCGUUACACAUCCACGAACCUACGAUACAGUUCCAGCCCGUUAUCGUCUGUUUCAAAGUCAUCCGCCUCAAAUGUAUCUACUGCCUCCAGCGGCGAGCCAAAGAAAGAGGCCACUGCUGCCGCUAGUAAAACUACACGCGCUGCCGGGAACACAAAGUCGAAGCUGUCUCCUCCAAAGGUUGUUCGCAUAAGCUCACGACAAUCUUCGCUUGAAAAUCUCACUGCCAACACAAAUGCCAAUAAGCCUCCAACUGCACCGAAGGCUGAGUCACCCACCAAGAGCAGCUCCAGCAGCGCAAAUGUGCCAACGAAGCUUCCGAACAAAGAUUUUCGUAAAUCCGCGCUAAAUGUUGGCCCCACCGAUCGGCCGCGCAAGUCCCGCACGCCCAGUAGUGGUACAGAUUCGGAUGCGGUGCAACAGGUUCACAACGAUCUGGUUAACGGGUCCGCACAGCGCAAAGAUCGCUCACCGAGCGCUGGUUCAGAGGCAAGCAAUGCAUCAGCUGCGUCGAGUAGACGAGGAGGGACAGGUGAGAAUAAAUCACGGCCACGCUGCCAUGCCAAAAAAUCGUCAUCGUCAACGUCAUCACUGAGCCGUCAUAACAGCAGCAAUAAUUUGAAAAAUAGUGCACACAAAUCAUGCACCCCAUCGUCAUCGUCUUCCACUUCUACUUCCACAUCCACGGUAUCGUCAUCGAGCGGCGCGGAAAGCGCUGGGGAGCCAAAGAAAGCAAACAAAAAGCAGGGCAAGAAGAAGAACCUCAACACCCACAACAAAGAACAGGCAGCCAACAAUUCGAGUGUGACAAAGUGUGCGACAAACAGCACAGGUGAUUCUAAUGAUCUACCGUCGCAGCGGCCAGCGGCUGAAAAUAGAAAGGCAGCGCAACCACCGCCACCACUGAGCGCAAAUGAUACGCGCUCCCCCCAGAUAGACACGGCGGCAGCGGAGGCCGUUGAAUCAUCGCGCACAAAUUCGAAAUCGCCACUCACCUCCUCCCAAGAGAAGACCUCUAAUCGACUGCAAAAGUUGUCGUCUGUGUCGAAUUUUUUCGUUGCUCGUCAGAGCGAUGUAAAUAGCGAACCCAUUUUCAUCGAAAGCUCUGAGAAUUCAGGGGGCGACUCAGAGACGGGUCAGCUAAUUGGUAGCAGUCUUACGGCAGCAACCAAAUCGAACACGUCGCCAACGAAUAACGCGACCACAACGACAACGACUGAUCCUGCCAGCGUAGCAGCAGCUGAAGCAGAAUCAACCACUACGACAUCGAAACGAAACUGUUAUAAUUCGAGCCUCGACAAUACAGAGAAUACAUCUGCGAGGAGUCAACGCAGUCUAACGAAAUAUAGCAACGAAACACAAGAUCGCAGCAGAUCUUCAGUAACGAAAUCGACUAGUACACACUUCCCACACGAAACAACGGUUACAGAAACGGCGCUAACCACCGAAAAAGUAACCGAUUCCUACACCACUACGGCUACGACGUCUGCGGAAGAGCCCGAGGAGUCCAGUUGGUGGCAAGACACGAGUCGACAGAUCGAUACAGCAUCUGCUUUGGGUUACCAUCAAAAAGACGAUAUGCGCUUCAAGCUCAGGCACAUCGACUCUGGCGAAACGGCGUGGUGGUUACGCAAUGAUGAGGACGAUACUUUGGCGGAUGAUGAUUUAAGAACACUCAACCAGGAGGAGGAAGAUCAGAGCGAGGUCACUACGGCUCCUACACAGUCGCUGACCAAUAAUACGAAUACGAAUACGCAAAGCUGUAGUGAUCAACGCAAUGCAUCACAAACGAAGUACAGUUGGUGGACGAGCGACCAAAAUGCAGGGAAUGAAGCUGGCGGAGGGGACGAAGCGGUCGCGCACAAUGAAAAUGAUCAAAAUGAAACGAACUGUGCGACAUACUAUAAAGUAAAUGGAGAAGCUAAGCAAAUCGCAAGAAGCCACUGCACCCCAGAAAAGCCAUGGUGGGGCGACUCAAAUGAGGACAGCAAAGGCGAUGAUAAAAAUAAUGGGCGACUGGAGAACUCGAAUAGUUCAGGUAAGCAAAAUGGCGCCAUUCAAUUGAAAAUUUGUCGCGUGGAAUCUGGGGAGAAGUCUUGGUGGUUGAGUGAGGCAGAGAAGGAGCGGAAGAACUGUGAAGAAGAGGCGGCCGUCGAAGCUACCAUAAAACUACCCACACGAAAAGCCGGUAACUUGGAGCGCUCAUCGAGUAGCAGCAAGGAUGUGAGCGAUGACAAACGUUGGUGGAUGUCUGGCCCAAUGAAGAAGCAGUUCACCGUCCAGCGCGUUGAGUCGGGAGAGCGUGCCUGGUGGCAGCAAAAUGACGAGGAAGAGACAAGGCACCAAUCGCCACAAAGGCAAAAGACGAAUUCGAACCUCGCGCGGGCCGAUUCCAAUGAAAAAUGUUGGUGGCAAGAGGACAAUGACGAGGACAAGCCGGUCAAAAGACCCAGCGCGCGCACGCAACGUUCUGACUCGGGUGAGAAAGCCUGGUGGCUGCAAGCUGAUGAUGUGGAGGAGAAAGUACAGAAUGGAGUCAUAAAUAAUUUGAGCACAGCGGAAUUGGAUGAGGUAGCAGCAGACGAAGCCGGGGGACGAGAUUACGCCGACACAGAAGUGCAACAUAUUAAUGGGCACGUAGCUGGCGCGCAACAACAAAAUUUUGGCACCGAACUUAGUAAUUCGUUCAAUUUCGAGUAUUCAGAACGACCGCCACCAUUGGGACAAUGUGCCAGCCCCAUUGCCCUUGAGCAAGACGCCCCUCAAAUGCCACCGCAACCGCCUACGCGCAAUCUAAAUCAAUGCAAAUCGCCUUACGAUAACAUUCCAAUGUCGAAAGUUCAAAUGAAUCACUACUAUCAGCCCCAAUACUCAACUCAACCACAACCGCCCACAACACAAUCAUCAAUACCACAACAAUCACCUUACUACCACCACCAAUCACAACAACAGCAACAAGCGCAACAAACAAAUGAUUACUAUACACCUUAUGCCCACAAUAGCAGCAGCUACAGCAACAAUGUUGGCAACAUCAGACAAACGUUUGGUGGUGAGAAGCUCUUCAUAUCGCGUCAUCAAAAUAUCGAUGAGCUUUUGGGUGGUUCGUGUCGUCCAUUGAGUCCGCUCUUCUUGGACGGCAGCAGCAGCGCCAACAGCUUUGCCACAGUGCCGGCGAAUCGCAACGUCUUCUUAGAGGAGAUCACACCCGAUCAAGUGCGCAUACACGAUAGUACAGCGCAAAUGCCGGUGAUUCAACGCAUGGAGAGGGACGAAUGGGAUAACUAUGGAAGUGGAAGUGCAGCACAACCGAUACCGUAUUAUGAGCAGAAAAUGAUCGACGACGCAGCCAUACAGGUGUACAAAGAUGGUGACUAUGGCGCCUAUUUGGAUUUGGAGUCCUCGCUUGCUGAACAAGCGGAAGAAAUUGAAGGUCUUAAUUCUAGUCGCAAAAACUCAUUGGUAGUGCGAACACAGCUAAGCGUGCGGGUACAUGCCAUUAUUGGUAAGUAAAACUACCUGGAAUUGUUGUGUAGGUAUGCCUAGUAAAUAGUAUAUUUAAGUCACAGAAAAUUGUAAAAAAAAAAACGCAAACACGAAAACAAAAAACAAUUCAGCGAAAUAGCGGCGGUCGUUUGCAGAAAUUCCCACACUCAUUCAUUAAAUACUUCCAACUGUUUAUUUGUUGUUGUGUUGUUAAUGCAAAACAAUAAACAUUUCCAGCUAUUAACUGCCGGUGAGCUGGCAGCCAUCAGCCAUGGCCCCCGACAACAACCACC